GUUGGGGAGGGCUGAGGAGUGUGGUCUCCCAAUAGUUGGAGCACACCCUCAGGACAAAAACUGCAUUGUUUCCUUUGGAUCCGAGGUUCGACUAGGACCCUCCUUUCCAUCACCCAGACUCAAUUGCCAGGGAUACAAGACUUCCUGUGGGUGAUGGGCCUACAGGAGGUAAAUUGUUUGAGGUACAUUUUUUGAGAUCCAUAUGAAAUUAAUCAUUUCCUUAGUAUUACCCAGAAACCUCAAACUGUAUAGACUGUUGUAUGUAUAAGACAGUAUAAGUAAUGAGACACUUCAAAAGUCUGAGUGCACAAGGGAGUUGUUUCCUCUGAGUUUUCUUCACUGCAUCAUUCUCAUUAGACCAGACUACUGGAAACCUUUACAAUAUAAAAAGACUGCUGCUGAAAGACAUGUUCUGUCAGAGUUAGAGGUGAUAAGAGCAGAGAUAAUGAAUCAUUAUUCCAAUUGAAUAUCCAACUGUGCUCAAAGUUUGUGUCGUUUUUGUUAAGACUAAAGUAUUGUUUAUUUAAUUUUAGUUUUUGUUUAAUGUUGUUUUUGUGUAUACAUGACUAUGAAAUACACCAAUAUUACCAAUAUAAAGGAUUUUAUUAUCAUUGGAUUUCCUGGACUUCCUCCUGAAUAUUAUGGUCCCGUGUCUGUGCUUCUUCUUCUGGUUUUUCUCGCUAUUGUGAUUGGAAAUGGUUUCACUAUAGCUGUAAUCAUUUGUGAGCGGACUCUGCACAAACCAAUAUAUGUGAUCUUUUUUAACCUUGCAAUGACAGACAUGUGCUUCGGCAUGGUAACUCUUCCAAAAAUCAUAGCCAGAUACUGGUGGAAAGACAUGAUAUCUUCAUUUGGAGCUUGCUUUACACAGAUGUAUUUUGUUCAUUCUUUGGGAGCUACUCAUUCUUUCAUUUUGCUGAUGAUGGCUUUGGAUCGCUUUGUUGCCAUAGGGUUUCCAUUCAAAUAUCCAGUUAUAUUUACAAACAAAGCAGUGUCUGUUGCUUGUACCAUGUGCUGGGUUUUAACAUUCAUUCGUUUUUUGGGAACUUUGUUCCAUGCCUUGACUUUGCCUUACUGUGACCAAAAUAUUAUCAUGCAGUGUUACUGUGAUCAUAUAUCAAUAACUCGGCUGGCAUGUGGCGAUGAUGUGGCAUAUGUGAACAGUGUUGCACUUGCUAAUGCAAUGGUCACUCUCCUGGUUCCUUUAACAGUCAUAAUAUUAUCUUAUUUUUUUGUCAUCAUAGCUGUUCUUACUAUGUCUCACACUGAGAGGCAUCACAAAGUGCUGUCCACUUGUGCUCCUCAGAUCUUUAUUACCUGCCUUUACUAUGUGCCAAGAUGUUUUGUAUAUCUCUCGAACACUUUGGGGUUUAAUUUCAGUCUUCUUGCUCGGGUUAUUAUUACAAUGAUGUACAGCCUCACACCUCCUGUUGUUAAUCCAAUGAUCUACUGUUUCAAGACCAAAGACAUUAAGAACGCUUUGAUGCAGAGAUUUAAAAACAGAAAAGUAAGCAUUGCAAUCAAAACUCACUGCAAAUGA